AUGGCUCUCUCUGUACAAGGAAAGUCCGCAAUCGUGACCGGCGCUGGUUCAGGAAUUAACCUGGCCUUUGCCCAACUUCUUCUGGAAAAUGGGUGCAAUGUCCUUAUUGCUGACCUUGCCCUUCGCCCCGAGGCAAAGGCAAUUGUGGACAAGCAUUCAACCUCUCCCCGUGCUAUUUUCCAGGAAACGAACGUCAUCGAUUGGAAGCAGCUAGAGAGAAUGUUUGAAGUCGCAGAGAGGGAAUUCGGCGAGAUUGACAUUGUAUGCCCGGGUGCUGGCAUCUACGAACCGCACUGGACCAAUUUCUGGCGUCCUCCUGGUCAUCCAGCAAGUCGAGACUCACCGACUGGGGGUCGUUAUGCCCUGGUUGACAUUAACAUCACUCACCCGAUCCGCACCACUCAACUCGCCAUUUCCCAUUUCCUCAAAUAUCGUAGCAACCAGAAACCCAAACAUAUCGUCCACAUAUCCAGUGUUGCAGGCCAAGCCCCUGGAUUUGCUGCUCCGAUAUACGUGGCCACCAAACACGCCAUCAGCGGUCUCGUGCGAUCGUUGGCCAGACUCGAUAAGGAGUUUGGGAUUCGCGUGACUGCCGUGGCCCCUGGCAUUAUCAAGACACCUUUGUGGACCGACCAUCCGGAGAAACUGAAGAUGAUUGACAGCAGCGACGAAUGGGUAACUGCUGAGGAAGUGGCCGAGGUGAUGCUGGCUCUCGUACAACAGGAGAAGGUUAGCGAGAUCAUUGGCGACAAGACAGGCAAGGGACCUCAGUAUCCAGUCACCGGAGGCACGGUGCUUGAGGUAUCCAAGACAGUGCGUCCUGUUAAUGCAUUCAAUGACCCCGGGCCCAUAGGAAGACCUGGAGGCACUGCGUCGGACAUGAAGACUGUCGAAGAUGAAGCCCCAUCCAUCUAUCUUAGACGCGGAGUUAGGGGAAAGCGAAGCAGCGGAUUCCAUGGCCAGGCCAGCUGGGUCAGCAGUGUUAUUAACCUGGUCAAUACCAUUAUCGGUGCCGGUGUACUUGCGAUGCCUCUUGCUAUCUCACAAAUGGGAAUCGUUCUUGGUGUCUGCGUGGUUUUAUGGUCCGGUGCAAUGGCUGGAUUUGGUCUUUAUCUGCAGACGCGAUGUGCACAAUAUCUGGAGAGGGGAACUGCUUCGUUCUUUGCCCUGUCGCAGCUUACAUACCCCAAUGCCGCUGUGAUCUUCGAUGCCGCUAUUGCGAUCAAAUGUUUUGGAGUUGGCAUAAGUUACCUGAUUAUCAUUGGGGAUUUGAUGCCGGGAGUGAUCCAGGGCUUUAUUGGCGGCACUCCGGAAUACGAAUUUCUUAUUGACCGGCAUUUCUGGGUUACAGCAUUCAUGUUAAUCAUCAUCCCUCUCGCUUACCUCCGACGUCUAGACUCUCUUAAAUACACAAGCAUUGCAGCUUUGGUCUCGAUGGCUUACUUGGUCGUCUUGGUCGUUUAUAACUUUGUGAUUGGGGAUACUAAGACUGGCCGAGGGCCGAUUCGUGUGAUUCACUGGGCAGGCCCGAUUCCUACCCUCAGCAGUCUUCCCGUUAUUGUAUUUGCAUUCACGUGCCAUCAGAAUAUGUUUUCGAUUUUGAACGAAAUCAGCAACAAUAGUCAUUUCAGAACUACCGGUGUCGUCUUUGCUAGUAUUGGAAGUUCUGCCGCAACUUACAUAUUAGUUGCAAUUACCGGUUAUCUUUCUUUUGGAAACAGCAUUGGCGGAAAUAUCGUCGGGAUGUACCCUCCUGGACUCUGGGCCACGAUUGGACGUGCGGCCAUCGUCAUGCUUGUGAUGUUCUCUUAUCCCCUGCAGUGUCACCCCUGCAGGGCUUCUGUCGAUGCAGUGCUGCGCUGGAGACCCAAGUCUCCCAAUGGCAAUGAGAACUCGCCUCACAGUCACCCUCUCCUGGGGCCGAGGGCUAGCCGAACUCCAGAGCCAAUGAGUGACAUGCGUUUUUCGGUCAUCACAACAACCAUCCUUGUUCUGAGCUACAUUGUUGCUAUGACUGUGUCCUCCUUGGAAGCUGUGCUUGCGUACGUUGGAAGUACCGGAAGUACCAGCAUCAGUUUCAUUCUGCCGGGUUUGUUCUAUUACAAGAUUUCUUCGCCCGAUUCCCCUACCCAUCAACGACUCAUGAAAGAGGACGAUGAAGCGAUUGAUGAAAUUAUCUCCGACGAUGACGAUAAUAAUGAUUAUGACCACGACAACCUUACAGACAGUGGUAUUCUGCGCUACGGCAACCGUCAUUGGCGCAAGACCGUAUUGCGGAAGCUCAGUCUUGGGCUUGUCGUAUACGGAGUUAUAGUCAUGGUCGUUUCUUUGACCACCAAUAUUUUCUUCACUGCUUCUCAUUAA